ACUAUACAUGUUUUGCGGCUUGUUUUGGUUUUUUUUGUUCCGAAUCGGUUCAGAAUAUUAUUAAAACAGUCCUCCGUUAUUUUUUGUACGCAAGCAGUUCUGCGCAAUCCCAGAACCGUUCCAAAUUUCAAGCUAUUGACUUGAUUCAGAGCCCCCUUUUCCCUGUAAAUCUCUGCCAAUGAAGAAUGAAAAAUAUAUUAUUUUCAAAAAUAUUCGGAGCUCAAUGAUGAAGACGAUAAGAAAUACAGAAAUUCAGACUGCGAACGCACCACAGCCAUCACUUGAUGAUAAGAUGCGCAUAUGCAGUUGAGCAUCUCAUUAGUCGAUAAGAUAAGAAAUAUUGAUGUAAACCUUGCAAAAAUAAAUCAACAAUGCAAUUUCUGUUACUCAUUGUUUAAAAGUGCUAGACUAUUUAAUUUUCAAGUGAGUUUAGGUUUUGUUUUCUACCGCUAUUUAGACCCAAAAAAUCUACUGUCAAAAUGGAAUUUUCCACUGCAAUUGGCAUAGAUUUAGGCACCACACACACGGUGGCAGCUGUGUAUUCAGACAACAAAGCAAUCAUCAUACCAAAUACAGAAGGAAAACCAUUGACACCAUCUUUGGUAUUUUACAACCCAACACAUCCAAAGGCCAAUCCUAGUAUAGGAGAAGUGGCCGAAAACCAAUCAUUGAAAUGUCCAAGAAACUUCAUGUUUGACAUAAAAAGAAUCAUUGGAAGAAACUUUUACGACAUCUACGUGCAAAAGUUCAUCAAAAUGGAGGAAUCCAAAACUUUCCCAAUUCACAUAAUCAGAUCAGAGAACAAAGGCAAUGACGAAAUUAGCAUAAAGCUUGAAACAGACGACAAAUCACUGGAAGUAAUCAAAACACCUGAAGAAAUAUGUUCAGAAAUACUUAAAUACAUUAAAAAAUCUGCUACUCAAUAUUUAGGAUUUGAAGUUACCGAAGCUGUUAUCUCAGUCCCAGCGUACUUCAGCUACGCCCAAAGGGCUGCAACAAAACGAGCAGCUGAGUUAGCAGGAAUCAACGUCCUCAAACUGAUUACCGAGCCUGUAGCUGCAGCUGUCCACUACACUUUCCGCAAAUCCAAAACCGAUAAACAUCUACUCAUGUUUGAUUUGGGUGGUGGCACAUUGGACGUAUCCAUAAUUCACGUUACAGAGGAAAAAUUCACGGUGCAAGCAAUUGAAGGUGAUAUGCAUUUGGGUGGUAGAGAUUUCGAUGAUGAUUUGUUGGAGUAUUUGAGGUUGGAAAUUGGCAAGAAGUUUGGUAAUCAUUUGAUAACCAGAGAUACUAAAAAAGGACAAAGGUUGUUACAUAGAUUGAGAAAAAAAGCUAAAAGAUUUAAGGAAAUGUUGUCCAACGUGGAAGAGUACUCUAUGAUGAUUGAAAUUGAUGGAGAUAAUGAAUUUGAAGUUACUAUAACAAGGGAAAUUUUUGAAAUGAUAUCUGAUGAUCUUUUUAAUAGGAUUAUUGACAAGGUAAAACAAUGCCUUCAAUUAGCCUAUAUGACAACUAGAGACAUUGACAAAGUGGUCUUAGUUGGUGGUUCUUCAAGAAUCCCCAAAGUCCGUAAAUUACUUUCAAAUUUAUUCGAUCACAUCUCGUUAAGUAAAGACAUACAUGCAGAUCAAGCGGUAGCUUUAGGAGCUAGCAUUCAUGCAGCCUUAUUGAAACGUGACAUUGAGCUAGAAGAAAGGUACAGUAUUGUUGAAGUGGCGCCGUUUUCCGUUGGAGUUUUGGCCAGAUACAACCUUAUGGUACCGUAUAUUGCUAAAGGUACGCCAUUACCUGUAUCCGAAAUGCAGAUAAUGACUACCACAGAAAACGAUCAAAAAACAGUUGAGUUGGAAAUAUUUGAAGGAGAAAGGAUGAACUGUAAAUAUAAUAAUAAACUUGGAAGUUUCUCGAUACAUAAUCUACCAAAAGGAAAAACUGGGGACGUGAAUAUUCAUAUAGUUUUUCGCUUAGAUGAAAAUGGAUUAUUAGAAGUUAGUGCCAGAGAAAGUUCUACUGGAGCCAGCAAUCAGUUGCAAAUUGAAAUGCAAAAUCUAACUUUAUGUCACACAUCCAAAUUCGUAUCACUAGUGGAAAAUGAAAAAUUAAAAAAAGAUGACAAAAUGUACGAUGCGUUCUAUAGACUCAGACUAAAAGCUGAAACCUACUGUAAGGCGGUACUGUACGAUUUGGAGGAUGCCAAUAUAAAAUUGGGUCAUAUCAUUGAAAGCGAAUGCAAACAUUUUCUCGACAAGAUGAAUAAUUACACGUACACUGAAAUUGACGAUUUAAGAACGGAAUACGAGGCUCUGUGUCGGAGAGCUAAGACUAUGUUUCAUCAGUCUUUAAGACCUUUGGAUUUGGAGGAUACUUAGAGUACUGAAAUAAAAAAAUAUAUUAUUAUAUCCUAAAUUGCUUGUAUUGUUGACAAUAAACGUAACUGAUAAUUAAGGUACGUACCUAAUUGAAUAGUUCCAAAAGUAUACAAGGAAUUCGUCACCAACUGCGUUUUGUUUACAAUACAGUGUGCAAGAUUGUGUGUAGCUUACAGUGAAUUUCGAAUGAAACUCAUCAUAGAUUCAAAAGAAGUCAAAAUGAUUACCUGAUUAGUCCUGCUUUUGCCGCAAAGGCAAGCAAAACUUAAAUAGCCAAUUAGGAUUUAGUCUUUUGGGUGAAGAAGCAUGACAGGAAAUAAGAAAUUCAAAAAAAAAAAAAACAUAAUAUCUGAAGUACCCAAAUAAUAGCAUACGUUCUUAUCCUUCUAUAUAGGUAUAACUAAAGUAACUUUAGCUAAGUAAAAACACUGUUUAACGCAUAAUCAUCCACUCUAUUAUUUUCACAUUAGGAGACCGAUAAGAUAAAAUCAAUCCUAAUUCUUUAUAUUGAUAAUGGAACAGGAGUAGGUAUUGUUGUUUCCUAGUCUGGUGAGGACUAUUACUAAAUAUAGCCUUUUCCAUUUUUCCUAUCCUGUUCUAGUUUGAGUCGAGCAAAAUCAACUCAAGCUUAAUUUUUCUUUAACUAGAUCUAUUCUUUUUCAGAAAUAGCCAAUCAUGACAAAACUAAUGCUCCUCUUUCUUCAUGCUCGUAAGCAGCUCGCACCAACAAUACUAGGGGGGCUCGUCCACUGGCCGCCUAAAGUGAUCCCGAUAGUGAGGGGACCCACGUCAAAAUAUUGAGUAAUAUUUACAGUAAAUGGUUCAUUCAUUGUCAAAUUUAAUGUAGUUGCUUUAUGUACCUCUUGGCACAAAAAUUAUUCACUGCUCUCCAUUAAUUACCACAUUGAAGCUGGAUUGUCUUUCAACUGAUAGCAGAGAUACUGAUAGCGCGUGUCAAAAGGUAUGGUCCAGAGGUACCUGAGAAAGCAAGUGAUUUUUAAUUUAGUACCGUACCCUAAGACCGUACCUGUUUCAACGUGAUACGUGUUAGGUUGACAUCUAUCAAUUACUAAAGUCAAAAUGGCUAGAGAAAGGGUCAUAUAUCCCUCAUAUUAUCAAACAGACAAACCGAAAAUCAGAUGGGAGAAGCCUAGACCUAAAGAUUUAUCCCAGGCUCUGAUCUACGUCUUGUUAGUGUCAGUGCCGUUUUUCCUCAUCCUUUUGGGCAUAGUAUUGUCCUUUUGGUUAACAGGAGAUAACCCGAUCGACUACGAUUGGAGUACCAACAGAACUACAACUCGUCCACCACCAAGAAAAAAACCAAGAAUUGAUGAGUACGUUGAGACUGAUAAGCAAAACGAGACAUUAGCCGCAACGCAAACAGCACCAAUUGCAAAUCAAACAAUUCAAAAAUCUAGUAUUAAUGAGAAAGUUGACACUGAUAAGCCAGACGAGACAUUAGCCACAACGCAAACCACACCAAGUCAAAAAUCAAGAACUGGUGAGGAAGUUGAGACUGAUAAGCCAGACAAGACAUUAGCCGCAACGCAAACCGCACCAACUACAAAUCCACCACCAAAUCAAAAGUCAAGCAUUGGUGAAAAAGUUGAAACUGAUAAGCCAGACGAGACGUUAGCCGCCACACAAACCACACCAACUGCAAAUCCACCACCAAGUCAAAAAUCAAAUAUUGGUGAAAAAGUUGAGACUGGUAAGCCAGACAAAACAUUAGCCGCAACGCAAAAUACGCUACUUGUAAUUACUCCCUACCCCGUACCAACUUCAAAUCCACCAUCAAGUCAAAAGUCAAGCAUUGGUGAGAAAUUUGAGACUGGUAAGCCAGACGAAACAUUAGCCGCAACACAAACCACACCAAGUCAAAAAUUAAGAACUGGUGAGGAACUUGGUACUGAUAAGAGAUUAGCCGCAACGCAAAACACGCUACUUGUAAUCACUGCCAACCCCGUACCAACUGCAAAUCCACCACCAAGUCAAACGUCAAGUAUUGGUGAGAAAGUUGCGACUGAUAAACCAGCCGAGACAUUAGCCGCAGCGCAAACCGCACACACGCUACUUGUAAUCACUGCCAACCCCGUACCAACUGCAAAUCCACCACCAAGUCAAGAACCAAGUAUUAAUGAGCAAGUUGAGAUUGAUGAGUCAGACGACACAUUAGCCGCAACGCAAACCACACCAAGUCAAAAAUUAAGAACUGGUGAUCCUUCCAGUUUCAUUACCAUGAGGCCUAGGCCACCGCGUAAACCUAAACCCUAACAUAUUGGAUUUAUGGUGUUCAAAUAAAAAAAAAUUGAAAAGAAAUUAUACGUUCGCAUUGCUAGAUUCUUUUUUCGUCACUGUCUGCCUUGAAAUAUGAGCUUUGUUCCAACACACUAAGAAACCGUACAAUGUAUCGUCACGAUUCUGCGCGAAGCUAAAAAUUUGUGCGCACAUUACAGAGUGGUUUUGAGACAGUUUUGACGUGUUGGAACAAACCUAUGUAUUCCCUUCUAUUUUCAAUUCCCUGGAAGUUUUCGGAACUCCGUUUUGUGUAUCAAUGUCUUAAAUUCUGGAAAUCUUCAGAUAUUUUAGUCUUUAAAUUGUUUUAGGUUCGUAUUCUAACUGAAAUUACUUUUAAAUGAGUUUUCAAUUCAACGUUCUCCCAGCAGAAAAACCCUUAAGUGUGAAAUUGAUAGUUGUUCUGGCAUACUAUCUCCGAAAAUCGAGUACUGAAUACGCAAAGGCCGAGAGGGAAAUUUGGUAUGUAUAGGCAGCCGAGUUACUGGAUAUGUGAAAAGUGCUGAAAAUUUGACGGAGGUUUUGGUAAGAAACACUACCGAUAUGGUAGCUAAAGAUCAACCAGAAGCUGCUUACAAUUUGGUUUAUAAAUUUAUUAGAGGAGAG